CUGUCACAGUCGAGCUUGAACGAGCGUCGCGCUGCAGCACAAGGCACAAGUCAUGCGCGAGGAAGCCAGAAACCGUGCAGAGUUUUUGAAUGUUUGUUGUCGCCAAACAUAGUUUUGGAGGAUGAACCAGGGUCGUGGAGUGAGAAAAAGAACGGUACCAGAAAAAUCAUAUGCCUUUGAAACAUGUAACGAGGAAAUGCGUGUGGAGAUUCACCAGCUCUUCAACAAGGUCAGAAGUUAUGUCCCCCCUGCUGGAAAAGAAUGGACGUUGCCUGACCCAAGUGUGGUGCUCUGUGAUCCUCAUGUGAGUCACCCACGUUUGCAAGCUCUGAAACAAUCACUAAAUGAAGUGAAGAAUCAACUCAGCGAUAAAGACCUCUCAAUAUGGCACCAGCAUACUUGUUUCACCAACCGAGCAGGUAGUGUUACAGCCCACCUUCGCUCUACAACCAAUGCAGAGCUGUGCACCCAGGCUUGGGCCAAGUUCUAUGAGAUCCUAGGGACUUUUAAACUUCUGCCUGAGAAUGCGUUGAAGACUGGCGAGAUGAACUCCAUACACCUAUGUGAAGCCCCUGGUGCCUUCAUAUCAGCUCUAAAUCACUUCCUCAAGACAAGUGGCCUUCAUUGUGACUGGAGCUGGAUAGCAAACACUCUAAAUCCAUACUAUGAAGCCAACGGACGUGGUUGUACUAUCACAGAUGACAGACUCAUCACACACACUCUGCCUUGGUGGUUCUUUGGUUCUGACAACACGGGUGACAUAAUGCUUCAGAAGCAUCUGCUGGAACUGCCGAGAUUUGUGAGCAGCAUGCACAGUGUUGAUUUGGUUACAGCAGAUGGAAGCUUUGACUGUCAGGGGGACCCAGGGGAACAGGAGAGAUUAGUUGCCCCGCUUCAAUACUGCGAAGCCGUUUGUGCGCUUCUGCUGUUAGGAACCGGAGGCUCAUUCGUCCUGAAGAUGUUCACACUGUUUGAACACUCAUCUGUCUGUCUGCUGUAUCUCCUCGCAUGCUGUUUCCGUUCCGUGAACGUCUUCAAGCCAGGCACCAGCAAGUCUGGAAAUUCAGAACUGUAUAUAGUGUGCUUGGACUAUCAGGCCAAAGAAGAAAUUCGGCCAUUGCUCUCAAAGUUAAUCCGUAAUUACGGACCAGACCUGGCAUCCACAGCGGCGCUCUUUCCCCGCCACUGCAUUCCAGACUCGUUUCUAAGUCAGCAUGAAGAGAUAUGCACUUUUUUCCAUGCAUUGCAAGUUAACACAAUACAGGAGAACCUCAAGCUUUUUAAAUGCAUGAGUGUAGAACAGCGCAGGCGAUUGGAGCAGCUCAGGGAAUAUGCUGCAGAGUUUUAUACAAAACGUUUUAAUGUUCACUACCUCCCUCGGAAAAGCUGGGUUUGCCGUGGUGGUGUGGCCAGAUGGGCAAAACUCUGUGAAAGGAAGCAGAUGGGCUCUUUCAAUCAGCGCAAGGAAAUGGAACUUCAGGGAUGGAAGCAGCGCCUUGCCCAAGGAAAUUAUGGGCCGUUCAUAGAGAGGCACUGUGCAGGGACAGAAGGGUGUGAGAAUGUACUUAGUGGCCGACUGGAUGAGUGCGAUUUGGGAGCCUGGUUUGCCCUUGAGGGAGCUGUCCUGCCGAAAGUCUGCAGUUCCACCUUCUGUGACCAAGAAAUGCUAGACUUCCUGAAUGAAGCUCUGGAGGAGAACCUGAGGGUCAAAGCGGCAAAUCAUUCUGACAGAGCUUUGCCAGUAUGCAGCUCCUGCAGCAUUGACUCCCCUGUAGGCAUCUUAUCUGAGAUUUGCAGCCAUCCUGAUGUGACAUCUUGUUUGGUGCUGGGAAGCCAGUCUUGGUGUGACGGCACACUUGUAGGUGUUAAACUGCAGCCAGAGUUUUUGCAAGGACUAUCCCGUUGUGAGGUACAGGAUUCCACAUUGCACGACGGACAACCAGACUAUCAAUUUGAGCUUCUGAACACUGUGCUUUUUGCUCUGCAGAAACAGCAUCAGGGAUCGGCCCUGGUGAUUCCCUUAUGUUCUGUCUUAACACGCUUCACCUCCGGCCUGGUUUUCACACUCCACCUGUGCUUCCGUUACAUCACAUUCCACUGCUUGUCUGGUUGGCCUCCUGCUGCUCUUGUGUGUGUAGGUUUCUCUCCACCAUCAGCACUACCCUGGCUGCUGGACUUUCUCCGGGACGUUUUGGAGAAGAUGAAAAAAGUUAAGCUUGAGCUGGGCAGGCAGAUUCUGCAGUUUGUACCUUUAGAAGAACUUCUCAGGGGGGAAUUACCUCGCUUCCUGUCUUCCUUCAAUACUGCUGUUGUCCGACAGCAGCUACACAUGCUGAUGCAGGUUGAAUAGACCAAAUUCUGUAUGCUUGUAUUCCCUAAAAUAACCUUUUAGUUGGACUACAUUUGAGUAUAAUAAUGCCUCAGUUUACUUCAAUUGAAUCUGUAGCCUCAGCUUGUGCCAGUGCCACAGUGGAUAUACUGGUACACAGAAUUAUUUUGUUUUAUAUAUUUAUACUGGGGAGAAUACCUUUCUUUAAUCUUGAAUGUGCUGCAUAUGACUAAGGUAUAUUUUUUUUUUAGGUAUAUUUAUGUAACAGAAUGUGCAGUUCAAAAUGUUUAUUUUAGUAUUUAUGUUUCAAAAUACUAGAAAUGAUAUGUGUUGCCUUGAUCCAUUUGUCUGUCAUGGCUCAUUUAUUAAAAUGUUUUCUUUAAUGCAUAUU